ACCCAACCUGCACCUUCUUUACGGAAAUUAUUGUUUGGCAGGAAAUCGCAGGGAGCAAUCGUAGAGAGAGGAUCCAUCCCCUUCACGUCGAAAAAAAAAAUAUUCCCAGACGCCACGAACCUCAACCUUUCUUUUCCCCAUCACCAUCAACUUCAAACCCCGACCCUCAUAUCAGAGCUCGCCUCGCUUUUUACUCCGAUAUUCCUUCUCCCUGCCAAUUGCCACUAGGCUAUUUCUUGGAAUAGGAAUCGACAUUUUAUUCCAUCUAUCGUUGAUCGGACAAAAUCAGGAGCAAUGGCGACGCAAACCAUCUACCCUAACAGCCAUGUCGGUUUCGACAGCAUCACCUCCCAGAUCGAGAAGAAGCUCUUGAAAAGAGGUUUCCAAUUUAACGUCAUCUGCGUUGGUCAAACCGGUCUAGGAAAAUCAACUCUGAUUAACACCAUCUUCGCAUCUCACCUUAUCGACUCGAAGGGUAGGCUGCUACCCGAGGAGCAGAUCCGCUCUACUACCGAGAUCCACCCCGUGUCGCACGUUAUCGAGGAGAACGGUGUCCGUUUGAAGUUGAACAUCGUCGACACUCCGGGAUAUGGUGAUCUGGUUAACAACGACCGCUGCUGGGACCCCAUCGUCAAGUACAUCAAGGAUCAGCACUCCGCGUACCUACGAAAGGAGCUUACAGCACAACGAGAGCGCUACAUUCCGGAUACCCGUAUUCACUGCUGCUUGUUCUUCAUCCAGCCCUCGGGUCACUCCCUAAAGCCCAUCGACAUUGUCGUCUUGAAGAAGCUUUCCGAUGUUGUCAACGUCGUGCCUGUUGUUGCUAAGGCCGAUACCCUAACUCUGGAAGAGCGACAAGCUUUCAAGGAGCGAAUUAAGGAGGAAUUCGCUUUCCACAACCUUAAGAUGUACCCCUAUGACAACGACGAGCUUGAUGAGGAAGAGCGCUCGAUUAACACUAACAUCAAGAGCCUUGUUCCUUUCGCUGUCGUCGGUUCGGAGAAGUCGAUCAUCGUGAACGGUAAGCAGGUCCGCGGACGUCAAAACCGAUGGGGUGUCAUCAACGUCGAAGAUGAGAACCACUGCGAAUUCGUUUACUUGAGAAACUUCCUGCUCCGAACACACCUGCAGGACCUCAUCGAAACGACUUCGCAAAUCCACUACGAGACUUUCCGUGCCAAGCAAUUGUUGGCGCUCAAGGAGAGCAGCGCACAAGGCCACGGAAGCAGGCCAAUCAGCCCCGCCGCAGAUCGCGAGAUCAGCAGAAGCUCUCAACGGAUGACCAUGAAUGGUUACUAAUUCUUUCUCUUCGAUAUAUGCUUUCGAGGCGUUGCUCGGGUUUACAGGUUUUUCCACCCUUGCGAGAGAUCUCUAAUAUUACCCCUUUUUACGAC